CCGCGUAUGUGCAUGUGCAGGUCUCGACGUGCCAGCCAGCCAGCGAGCAACAGUGAUCACGCCGAUAACGUUCCGAUCGCGCAGCCUCCAUACCUGGCUCCUCUUUCACGCAUUCCGAUGAGGACCUACGUCUGUGACGUCAUCAAUAUCCUCGUUUAAGAACUUUUCGCGAAAAGUGUCCGUCUCUCCGAUUGACACGUGUAUCGUUGAGCAGAGGAAACGUGCCUGUAUACAUAUUUAAUGACUGGUGAACGCAACCUGGGCAAAUGUCACGGAUAACGCUGACGCGAAUACGAUCGUGCUGUCAUUGAUUAUUCUGGAGUACGCUGGGACCGAAGAAACAACCAGGAAACGAAUAAGAGGAUCCGUCCGUGCUCUAUUGUGAAACCCAAGACCAGUUCCACGAUUCCGAAAGAUAUUCACGUCGGACCCACGAAGGGAGAGCGUUCUUUAAUCGCGAGAAAUCGUCGUGGUCGUGUGUAUCGUUAAAGCAGCGAAAGUACACAGGUUCUUUGUUCGCGCGAGAGAAGUUUCCCCGCGCGAAUGUGACUCGCGCGUGUCUUACACACGGUGAUUCCAUUGUUGUCGAACAAUCGGACGGUGGUGAAUACGUUUCGAGAUCGACGACCUUCUGCCAGGUGUGAUAACCGUUCGGGUCAGUGCGAGGAAACUCGGCGUGUUCUAUGAAUUUUCAUCUUUUCCGGUGAUUUAAUCGGCAAUCUUUCUCUAACGUUCCGUUAUAUGGAACUCGCGGCAGUUAACGAUUGAAUGAUUUGGCGAGGAAGAACAAGCGUAUUUCGAUAACCGGCCUCGGUCAAGACAUCGAGUUUGUUUACAUUGAGAUCGACGAUCGACUUUGCGACGACACCAGGAUGGGUUCCAAGAUUGAGUACGUAGAGUCCUCGCAUAUGUACGCGACCAAUUACAUUCGUAAUUCCAAGGCGAUCGGGGUACUGUGGGGUAUCUUCACCAUAUGCUACGCAAUCAUCGGUGUAGUCGCGUUUGUUACACCGGAAUGGCUCGGCGAUCUGCAGCAUGAGAAUCCUGGAAGAUUCGGUCUGUGGACCAGAUGCAGCUAUGGUGGAAAUGGUGAAUUAGGCGAGGAAUGCAUCGGUCGAUUGGAUGAUCUGUCGACAAUCGCCAAUGUUCCCUUUCGAGUCAGCACGAUUCUAGUUGGUGUCGCAGUGCUGAUUGCAUUAUUGGCGAUCUGCGCAAUGCUGAUGUUCUUCUUCUGCCAAAGCACCACCGUUUUCUACAUGUGCGCCUGGAUGCAAGUGAUAUCAGCGAUCUGCAUGGCGGUCGGAGUUUGCAUCUAUCCUCUUGGCUGGGAUUCAUCGGUAAUUCGCGCCGUAUGCGGCGCAGCUGCAUCUAGAUACAAUCCUGGCGCUUGUGCCGUGAGAUGGGCGAUACCGCUCGCUGCGAUUGCGGCUCUGGACGCGGCUACCUUGUCGGCUCUUGCCUUCAUUUUGGCCUCCAGGCACGUAAGAUUGCAACCGGAGCCUUUCAAUAACGGAUCCCUGUACAAAGGUGAAGUGAAUCCAGGCUACAUUAAUGAGGCCCAGAGCGUAGCUGGCUCCCGCAAAUCCCUGUCUUUAAGACCAGUCCUCCUAGUGGCACCGCCUGAACAAGAUCGCUACAGCGAGCUCUCUAGGGCGAAGUCGCACUCGCAUCAUAGUCUGUACACUCCGGCACCGUCACAUCCAGUACACACCAUGUCGACAAAUACUCUCAAUCAUUCGCAGCAUAAUUUCCAACUUUGAGAUAAUUAAUCGUCAAAAAACGAAGGUUAUUAAAUAAACCUGUAUAUAGUCUGCCAGAAACAUGAAGAAGAGCAAUAUUGUACAUAAAAAGAAAUGAUGGAUAAGUUAUGCGCCUUGACUUGAACGCACAAUCGCUCGGGUUAUUUGCAUUUGCAACGUUAAAUGUUUUACCAGGAAUAGAAUCUCUAUUUAUAAUAACGAAACUAUGUAUAAGACAGAUACAAUGAUAAAAAUUUUUUCUCAGCCAUUAAACGUUCAUUAUUGUUUUUGUGCCGUGAAUAUUACAUUUACAUGUGUAUAUGUAUUCAUAUAUCUCAUCGAUAUGUUGUCUUUCUUAGGCUAUUGAGAGACUUUCUCUACAUAUAUAUACAAUUAUUACAUAUAAUUAUUAUAAAGUUCUCUAAUGAAGAUUAUAGAAGAUCUAUUAAAUAUGAGUCUUAAAGUGUCAUUUAUAUCAUUUUUUGAAAUGACCACUUUAUAAUAAGAAAAAUGCUUUUUUUUCUGUUUAAAUUUUUUCUAUUUUAAUUUCAUGCUUGUGUUUAUAUAUUAAUGUGUGUUAUGUAAAUGUAAUUAGACAUGUUAAAUUGUGUUAAUUAUAUUAAAUCAAACAGUUAUAUAUUUCUCUAAGAAUCGUAUAUUAGAUUUUCUAAAUGUGUUGAAUUAUAUAUAAGUUAAACGCGAUAUAUAAUUCGAAAGAAAAUUAUUAUAUAUAGAAAUUUUAUAUAAACACAAUCCGUGCCUUAUUAUCAGAAAGCAGAAAGUAUAUUCAUGUUAUAUAAUUAUUUAAGUCCUUAAUUAUUGUGACGUGCCUUUACGAUAUAGUAUCGAGAAUAAAGUUGUGAAUCAAUUUUUUGUACUAAAAUUACUAUAUUUACCGAAUAUUUUACGUAGCUAUAGAAUACUCGUGCGCAACUUGGCGAUUUUUAAUUGAUUCGACGAAAAGACGUAAAGUUUAUAUGUAAAAAGACUUUCCUCUUGAGUGUCGCUAAUGUCUAAUAAAAAAACAAUGAUUUCAUAUAUUGUUGGAUCGUAAAA